AUGAUGAGCCCAACAAGCAGUGCGAAUGGAGGGCGCGCUUUCGAGCGGCGCCCGGUGCAGUCGCGGAGAAGCCCUGAAGCAGUCACCCGCACGGUUCAGGCCACUCACACUCCGCGCCCAGCCACCGCGGCUGCGCCCCAACUACCAAGCCCAGCGAGGGGCGGGAACGCCCGGCCAGAAGCGGCUUCCUGGCUGCGGCGCCUUCUGGGAGUUGUAGUGCAGAAGCUGAGGCGCCUGGUGCGUUCCCACGUGCGUCCUCCGCCCCCCACCCUCGGUUUUAAUAACCGUGAACAACAACAACAAAAAAAAACAGAUGCGUUUCCCGAACGUGGGUACUUAGCAAUACCUAGUAACUAAUGAUUUUUUUGGAAAUUAAAUAAGAUCAAAUUACAAGCAAUGAACAUUUCAGAUGUCGAUUUAACACAGUUCCAAUGGAAACUGCUUGCCUGUUAUCUUUAGUUCGUGGGGAAAGCACUGUAGAAGUUUAGAAAUGGCUAGAGACAUCCCCAGAUUCCCAAGCAGAAUGAAAACUUUCUUUCCGGAAAACACAAAAUGUUCUCCCACAUCACACCCCGCCUGCAUUUAUCAAAAAAGAAAACACCUGAUGCUGGCUGUGUGCUGUUGGAACCAGAAACUUUUUAGCAUAUUAUAGUCGAGUGCCAGUGACUUCUUUGUUCUUUCAGAGGCAUUCUAAAAAGCGGCGUGUUUCACGAAUCUCAGAGACAACAACUUUCACAACUAUCAACUGUCACCUCCCAAACUGCCACAGAACCUUUUAAGUCCAACAUUCUGUCAUUUGUGGGAAAUACUCAUCUUCUAAAACACACUCUACUUAUUCUUUGAAUAGUAGUUGCAAAGCUAGUCAUCUCUCAGGAAGCACUUUCUAUUUCCAAAACUUUGGUUUCAUCAGUACCUGGAGCAAAGCUUCUGGCAGAAACACAAAUCCUCAUCAGGGGAGAGGCACAGGAUCAAUUCACGGUUAUAAACUGGACUCCUGCUCCGACGGCUAGCAGCCAUCACCUUUGCCCAAUUCUCAUAAUUCUGAAGGGUCACCAAGGAGUUGCUACCAGCCACUGUACUUAAAGUGGUGUCACAGGAUUACAAAAUAGAAGAAAGUCUUUCUUCUCUGACUAAUAUGUUAGUGCUCUAGUAAGCAUCAAAGAUGAAAGACACGCAAUGUGAGCCUGCUUUGGCCAACACAAAGUACUUACAGAAUUUUCAGGCCUACUCCCAGCCCUGGAGACAAAUUUCCCAUCAUUCUUCAUUACAGGAGUAAUCAUCCUCAUAGGGGGUUUCCACUUCUGCUUCCUCCUCAUUUUAUCUUGCUGCCACCAUGUAAGAAGUGCCUUUUACCUCCCACCAUGAUUCUGAGGCCUCUCCAGCCAUGUGGAACUUGUAAGAAGUGCCUUUCACCUCCUGCCAUGAUUCUGAGGCCUCCCCAGCCAUGUGGAACUCCUUCAAGCACUCUGGAAACUUUCUGCUAUAGGAAGAAGAUAUUCCUCUUUUUAUGAUGGAUGAAAAAUAAAUGGAAUAUAGCCACAAGAUGAAUAAGUAGCCCAAUAUAUUUUCAGGGUUCCCAGUGCCGAUUCCGACACUGUGAAGAAGCCCUUGGCAGUGACACUGUGUGCUCAUUAUGGAGAGAGAGGAAAUGUUUAGAUCCACUUUGCAGAUUUAGACACAUGGAAAUGCAGCAAAACUGCAGCAUUUCAUGCUUCUGGGAAACUCAGCCUCUUGGUUGUGUGAAGAUCAGCUGUAUCUUUUAUCACAGCAAACCUCGAAAUAUCAAUGGAUUAUUUUUGCCACCAAGUAGCAAUAUCACACUACAGAAAGAAAUUCAGGAAGGAAUUCCACUCCAGUCCCAGAGUCAAGAACCUCUGAAACCUCAGGAAAAUAUAUCACGACCCAUCCACCAUCCUUUAGUUUUAAAAACUAAUUUUGAGGAAGAAGAGGAAGUAGAUGAACAAAAUGAUGCUUCUAGUUUAUGGACAAAGACUCCUGAAGAAAUUGAAGAAAAAAGAGCAAUAAAGGAGAUUUGUUAUAAAUCUGGGGAAUACUACAGAUUUCAUACUCCUCCAGAUAUUUUGUCAUCAAAAAGCAUGACCCCUACAGCAGAAAAACAGUUAGAAAAGCCUUUGGAAAAUGGCAGUGAAUUGCAAGAAGGAGAUAGUCUUACAGUUCUGACAAAACUUAGCCAAUAUGAAAGGCAAGGUGAAAUAAAAACAUCAUUGCAUGGGAAACCAAAGACUGACAUUGCUGCUUUUGAAAAUGGAGGAGGUGACUGUUAUGUUCCACAGAGGGUCAUAUUUCUUGGAGUCGAUGAAAGUGAAGCUUUAACUGAAGAGAAAGAAAUCACCAUAUCAAAAUGUUCAAAUACUAAAGAUAACAAGGACAGUCCUCAUCCAAAGCAUUCCCUAACUACCCGACUAGUACCUACAACGCAUGUAUUAAAUGCUACUGAGAAUAUCAGUAUGAAGUGCAGAGAGGACCCCUCUUCAAUGAAUGAUGUCCAGCCAGUGAAGAAGCCUCAUUUUAAAGGUGUGAAAAAAAGAAAAUGGAUUUAUGAUGAACCAAAGAACUUUCCUAACUCUGGAAUGCAGAGAGCAGUACAGGCCCCAAGACCCCAAAAUAAAAUGAGUUAUCACCGCAAUAAUAAAAAUCGAAAUGCGGAGAAUGCGUCCUAUAUCCACGUUCAAAGAGAUGCUGUCAGGACUGUCACGUUGAAUGCACCUUCCCGCAGCAGGCCCACGCAUGGGUCCUACAAUAAAGUCCAUGCUAACAGGGAACCCAAACCCAACCUCAGUCCAGACAAAUAUACGUCAACAUCAUAUAAUGAUUCAACCUGGCGAAAACGAAUUCCUUUUUCAAAAACAUAUUCAAAAAGUGAAAAGAUAUAUCCAGAGCCAAGAAGAAAUGGGAGCAAGUAAACCUGGAGGUUGAGAGAGAGAAAAAUGAGAAAAAAUUGCCAGACAUCAUCUGAUUUACAAUCAAAAAUGAAAAUUCAAAGAAUGAGAUACUCAAGUACUCCAUGCUAUGUAGUGGAUAGCCAAAGAUGAUAAAAAUGCAAAUUCUGAAAAUAAGAUGCAGGAAGUACAUUGUGCUCUUUCAAAACUGAUAAAAAUGCAAAUUACCAACA